AUGUAUCAGCGGGUAUUACAAGGUAACGAGAAGGGCCUCGGUAUGGACGACGCCUUGACGCUCGACACGGUCAAUAAUCUAGGCCUCCUCUAUCGGAAUCAAGGAAAGCUGGCACAGGCAGAGGCGAUGUACCAGCGAGCACUGCACGGCUUCGAGAAAGCGCUCGGCAAGGAGCACACCACGACGCUCGACACUGUCAACAAUCUGGGCACCCUCUUCGAUGAUCAAGGAAAGCUGGAGCAGGCAGAGGCAAUGUACCGGCCGGCAUGGCAAGGCUACGAGAAGGCUUUAGGUGAAGACCUUGUCGAUCAAUACGUGCGUGCGCUCAACACUUGUGAAAAUCUCGCUCACUUCCUGGUCCUGCAAGGUCAGCCUGUGGAGGUGACAGAGCUGUUUCAACGAGCACUGGCGGGACUGAAGAAGGUUUGGGGUUCUUCACACGAGCGAUGUCGACACCUUGAGAGUGCUAUAACAUCAAUAAAUCCCCAACAAGGUUUUGGAAUUGAUACAGCAGCGGCGGGUGCGUACCUUGAACCUCAAUUUCCGCACGGCGUACGUCUUACCUGA